GGCAAAGAGAAGGAUGUCUGAAUGAAGGCAGUGUACCACUCUCUCUUGAGCUUAUGGAAGAAAGCUUGCUGUGCUUGUCUUGGUAUGAGACACUAACGAGGUGCUCGAGCGUCCUCUUCCCCGUAUUUGGUUUUAUAAAGCGUCCCCAGAGUGGGAAAACUGGUGCUUCCUCCGAGCUCACUUCACCUCGUCUUCUUUCCCUUCCAUCACUUCUCGUCUUCUUCUGACGAGAUUCACCUUCUUUGUCUAACGCCACACAAGUCCGGAUUCAGCAAGAUGGUCAAAGAAAUCGGAAUGUCCGAGUAUCCCGUCCCCGAGGGAUACGUCGGCAACUUGAACGACGAGCAUGAAGCCAAACUGCGUGAGAUGUGGCUCGAAUUCUUCUCCUGCGUCGAAAAGGCCCAGGGUAAGGGUGGAGCUGAAGGCGGCGCUGGCGCCGCCACGGUUGGUGUCAACCAGGAAGACAAUGACCCCAAGAAGUCUGGAAUUCCCAAGGGCGACGAGGCAAAGGAAGAGGCCAAGAAGAAGGAAGAGGAGAAGGCUAUGAACGACCUGCUUCAGGAAUACGGCAAGGACGCCCUCCGCAACUCCUUCUGGCGCUUCGUCAAGUUCGACGAUCCCGACACGAUCAUGCUUCGUUUCCUCCGCGCUCGCAAGUGGGAUGUUGGCCGCGCAAUUGCCAUGAUGGCGGGAUGCCUGAAAUGGCGACUUGACAACAAGGUCGAGCUCCUUGCCGAGGAGGGCGAUCUGGGCAAUGGCAAGAUUGAGAAAUUCCUGGAGCAGCAGCGAUCAGGCAAGACGUACGCCUUUGGCACAGCCCUCACUGAGAUGCCUAUUGCUUACAUUCACGUCGGCAAGCACAACACCUUUGCCCAGCCCACUGCAUCGAUGCAGAAAUAUGUCAUCUACGCCAUGGAGAGCUUCCGUCUGUUCAUGAUGAACAACACCGGCAAGGUCGAAAUCCUCUUUGACAUGACUGGCUUCGGUCUGAAGUCGAUGGACUGGAACGUUGUUUUGUUCCUCGUCAAGUGCCUCGAGGCGUACUUCCCCGAGAGUCUCGACUGCAUGUACGUUUACAAUGCUCCCUGGGUCUUCUGGGGCAUCUGGAAGGUCCUCGGCCCACUUCUCGACCCCGUCGUCAGGGCCAAGGUUGUCUUUACCAACAAGGCCGAGGAGAUGAAGGACAAGAUGCCCAGCGAUCGCCUCCUUCCCGAGGUCGGCGGCAAGACGUCGAACAAGUUUGUCUUCAUCGAGCCAAAGGAGGGCGAGAACAAGCUGCUGGAGGACAAGGCCAAGCGCGACGAAAAGUUCGGCCACUACAUGGAGACAGCCGACGAGUACGAGGCCGUGACGCGCAAGUGGGCAGAGGCUGAUAAGGGCGCGGCCGACACUGAGACGGAAGAGAAGCGCAAGCUCCUCGUCAAGAAACUGCGCGUGGCGCAGUUCGACCAGGAGCCCUACUUCCGAGGCAAGACGCAAGCACACCGUGAUGGAACGCUGGACGGACAGGGCAUUGUCACUUGGCUCUACAAGCAAAAGGAUGGCGAGGACAUCCGACACAUCGUCGGACGCCGCUACUGCGUGGCUGUUUUGAAGCGCGAGAUCAAGGAGAUUGAAGAGGGCAGGAGCGUCAAGGAGGCCGAGGAGAAGACCGAGGCGGCUCUUGAAAAGUCGGACUUCUCUGGAGAGGCUGCCGCUGCCGCCGAGACGCCAGGUGACUUCCACGAUGCGCCCCAGGCGGGCGAGAAGGAGACACAGAAGGCUGUUGACGGUGACAAGAAGGUUGACGAGACUGCCGACGGAAAGGAAGCCGCCGCCGCCGAGACCAACGGUGAUGCAAGCGAGAAGGCGCUGCCAGAGGAGCCCAAGACCAACGGCAAUGCCUCUGGUGCCACCGACUACAGCGCAAAGCCCAACGGCCCCGCAGAAACCAUCAAAGAGAAGGCGGCUGAGGCAAAGGACGCGACAAAGGCAAAGGGAGACACUCUUUCCAGGCGUUUCUCCAAGAUGAUGGGAAGAAAGUAA